AUGGCUACCGGAUUGGUAAAGUGGUGGCGGGCAAGGUUCCUCGCUGGCUAUAGACCCUUUUCUGUGGUUGGUAAUACGGAAGGCAGCGACUCAGAGGAACUUCUUGGACGUGUCUCGGCACCUUGUAGCGGUUCACCACCGGAAUCUCAGCCAAUUUUGUUAGAAACAGAGGCGCCACAGGUCGCGGUUGACGCUUCGACUAGCCCUACGCCGGCCACCGGAAAUGACGAGCAACCGAGCGCUAGUACAACGAAGCAACUCAGUUUCGAGGAAUUCGAAUGCGACGUUUCGGUAGCGGAGGGCGAUCGGCGACGGCAAGAAUUCUCGUUCACCCUGUACGACUUCGACGGCCACGGGAAGAUAACAAAGGACGACAUAGCCGGCCUGGUCACUACCAUUUACGAUACCCUGGGCGCUUCCAUCCAGGUACCACCGUGCGGCAGUAAGACGAUUAAGGUGAAAUUGACUGUGUCGCCGGAUCAGAGAGGCAGCCAGCAGCAGACGCGAUCGGGCGGCGGUUGUCUGAACGCUGCUGCUGCUGUUGCCGCCGCCGCUGCUGCUACGACGACGACGACGUCCUCGCAGCCGGUUGCUGCCGCUGCUGCUGCUGCUGCGAGCUUUUCCGGAAAUUCGUCCUGCUGCCAUUUGAAGCACGCGUCCUGUAACAAUGCCGGGGCGGCCCACAGCGGCGCACACGGUUUACGUAGAGUUCCUAGAAGGAGAAGGGUGCCACGACACCGGUGUCAGAACGAACAGAAAGAGGUGGAUACCCACAGCGAGGAUGACGGUGAAAACGCGCGAACGAAUCGAAUAAAGCAGGAGGAAUUACGCAGAAGGGUGGGGCCCGUGCCUCAUUUACCAUCACCCUAUUCCAAUAGCUCCGAGGGUGAUAUUAGCGAUGACAGUGAUGUUUCCCCCGCAGUUUCCCCCUUGACGCCUCUUCUCACGACUAAUCAGCGAAAACGCAGUGGCGCCCUACAAAGGCAACAGCUCUUGGAAAUUAUUCAGGCGAACAUGGAAAAGAAUAAUCUCAGUUUUCAUACGUCAAGGAAACGACAUCAGAACGAGCAACUGCGCAUUCCAUCCCAAACCCCGCACGUCGAGCCUUCGCCUCACUACAAUCAAGACUGUCGUUCACCGUCGGAAUCUCGGCCUGCGGCGACAGCCUACCACAAGCCAACUCGGGAAAAGCCUCAGGGCUUCACGUCGUUCUCCAAGGUACCUGCGAAGUCACGGGGGAAUCUGAGGAAGACGCGGACGCAGUACGGUCUUCAGAGGAACAACGCUGCUACGGUGCAACCGCCGCGAGCAUACACCAACGCCGCCUCCGCUGCCGCCACUGCUGCCGCCACCACUACCACCACCACCACCACCACCACUACCACCACCACCACCACCACCCCAAACGCGAAUCGUAACGUCGGCAAUCUGGCAACAAACAAUCAGCAUCCUAUGAAUCAGACCCCGCCGAGCAAUCAUAAUGUACAACAGCGUAACGAGGCGACGCAGUUCGGUCAAACGCAGCAAUGCGGCAAGUCGAGCAAGAAGCAUCAACUGAAACACGCGACCAGGGAACAAGAUCAGGCAAGAGCGAUGGUCCAGGUCGUACGUUGGCUGGAACGAGAAUUCUCGCAGAACGCGGCAGCGAGUACCGGUCGAAAGCACGUUCACGAGCACAUUCAUCAUCAUUACCAUCAUUACCACACGGAAGCUCUUGUAUGA